AUGUCUAGCAAAUCCACCAUGAGGAUCCAGAGCAGCAGGAGCCACCGUGGCUUCACCACCAGCUCAGCCAGACUCCCUGGGGCUGGCCGCUCCGGCUUCAGUAGCAUCUCUGUGUCCCACUCCAGGGGCAGUGGUGGCCUGGGUGGAGUGUGCGGAGGAGCUGGCUUUGGGAGCCGGAGCCUCUAUGGCCUGGGGGGCUCCACGAGGAUCUCCAUUGGAGGGGGCAGCUGUGCCAUCAGGAGUGGAUACGGUGGCAGAGUUGGAGGAGGCUUUGGCCUUGGAGGAGGAGCCGGGAGUGGAUUUGGUUUUGGCGGUGGAGCCAGUAGUGGCUUUGGCUUUGGUGGUGGGGCUGGAUUUGGUGGUGGCUAUGGUGGCUCUGGCUUCCCUGUCUGCCCCCCUGGAGGCAUCCAAGAGGUCACUGUCAACCAGACUCUCCUCACCCCUCUGAACCUGGAAAUCGACCCUACCGUCCAGCGGGUGAAGAACGAGGAGCGCGAACAGAUCAAGACCCUCAACAACAAGUUUGCCUCCUUCAUUGACAAGGUGCGCUUCCUGGAGCAGCAGAACAAGGUUCUGGAGACCAAAUGGACCCUGCUCCAGGAGCACGGCCCCAAGACCGUGAGCCAGAGCCUGGAGCCUCUGUUUGAGCAGUACAUCAACAAUCUCAGGAGGCAGCUGGACCAAAUCCAGGUGGAGAGACUUCGCCUGGAAUCAGAGCGGAAAAGCAUGCAGGACGUCGUGGAGGACAUGAAGAACAAAUAUGAAAAUGAAAUCAACAAGCGCACAGCAGCAGAGAAUGAAUUUGUGACUCUGAAGAAGGAUGUUGAUGCUGCCUACAUGAAUAACGUUGAACUGCAAGCCAGGAGGGAUGCUCUUGGACAGGAGAUCGAUUUCCUGAGGGUCCUAUAUGAGGCGGAACUGUCUCAGAUGCAGACCCAAGUCUCAGACACGUCCGUGGUCCUCUCCAUGGACAACAACCGCAACCUGGACCUGGACAGCAUCAUCGCCGAGGUCAAGGCCCAGUAUGAGGACAUCGCCCAGAGGAGCCGGGCCGAGGCCGAGUCCUGGUACCAGUCCAAGUAUGAAGAGCUGCAGGUCACGGCAGGAAGACAUGGGGAUGACCUGCGCAACACCAAGCAGGAGAUUGCUGAGUUGAACCGCAUCACCCAGAGACUGAGAUCAGAGAUUGACAACGUCAAGAAGCAGAAUGCCAGUCUGCAGGCCGCCAUCGCUGAUGCUGAGCAGCGUGGGGAGAUGGCUCUCAAGGAUGCCAAGAUUAAGCUGGAAAGUCUGGAGGAUGCCCUGCAGAAGGCAAAGCAGGACAUGGCCCAGUUACUGAAGGAGUACCAGGAUCUCUUGAAUGUCAAGCUGGCCCUGGACGUGGAGAUCGCCACCUACAGGAAGCUGCUGGAAGGCGAGGAGUGCAGGCUGCAAGGGGAAGGCGUUGGACAGGUCAACAUCUCAGUGGUGCAGUCCACCGUCUCCAGUGGCUAUGGUGGCGCCGGUGGUGUCGGCAGUGGCUUAGCCCUGGGUGGAGGCAGCAGCUACUCCUACAGCAGUGGUCACAGCCUUGGAGGUGGCUUCAGUUCCGGCAGUGGCAGAGGCAUCGGCGGCGGCCUCAGCUCUUCCGGGGGCGGCAGUUCCAGCAUCAAAUACACCGCCACCUCAUCCUCCAGCCGGAAGAGCUACAGGCACUGA